UUUUGAAGAACCGCCGUGCACCGCCUUAGUCACGUGACUAGUGAGCGAUCUACUGUUUUUACUAACCUUCUGAUAUGAUCUUGAAAUGACGUCUUUUCUGCAAAAGGUCAAAUAGAGCUUUGGAAAAAGGACAAGAUGAGCAAUCCACUUAGAGGAGAAGUUAUCAGAUUGUACAAGAAUCUUCUCUAUCUUGGAAGAGAAUACCCAAAAGGCACAGUUUAUUUCAGGGAGCGGCUAAAAUCAGCUUUUAUGAAGAACAGAGAUGUUACGGACCCUGAGCAGAUUCAAAAGCUUAUUGAUAGAGGGGAGUUUGUGAUUAAGGAACUUGAGGCUCUUUAUUUCCUACGAAAAUACAGAACCAUGAAGAAACGCUACUAUGACCCAGAACACUGAGGCCAUCAUGUCUGUACAAUUGGCCAAAUCCUAUAUAGUGGAUAAAGCAUUUAUAAACAUUAUUGUGAUGUUUUAUUGUGCUGAAAAAGAAUUUGGAAGUGAAAAACUAUUUCAGGCUUAUCCUUUUUCUAUUUUAAGGUGAAUAUACAGUGUUGUUGAUCUAGUAUUUGUCAUUGAUUUGUAAAUAACACUUUAUAUGUGAUAUUUGAUAAGAGUGAAUGCAACAAUAAAUGAAUAGAUUAGG